AUGUACAUCUUCGAGCUCUCUACGGCCUCGCCGUGCCGGUCGGCGCCGUACUACUCCCUGGUGAUUCGUAAGCCAUACAUACUCGGCCAGGACGCGGCGGCGGAUAUCAACCUCGCCUACGAAGGCAUCUCAGCUGAGCACGUGUCCAUGACGGUGCUGAACGAGAAGGAGGCGGCCCUCGAGGUAGAGUCAGCGAUACGUGCAACGGCGGGAACUGAGGAUGGCGAUGCUGCCGUCAAUGGCGCUCUGGAGGAGCAGGACAGCGGGGCCGCAGCUGAGUGCACUGAAGCUGAGCUCACCACAACUGAGUGCACUGAAGCUGAGCCCGCCACAGCUGAGUGCACUGAAGCUGAGCACGCCACAGCUGAGUGCACUGAAGCUGAGCACGCCGCAGCUGAGUGCACUGAAGCUGAACCCGCCACAGCUGAGGCUAACGGCUGUAAGCUGGUAGUGCGUGUGACAGCCCUGCUCACGAAGGGAGACGCUGAAGUACGCCUUGGAGAGACGAGCCUGAGAGCCGGCGACUCGGCAAUCGUCCGCGAUGGUGACGUGCUGUAUCUUGGUGAUGGGAUCAGCGGCACUUUCCGUUACCGCCCGUUGGUGGUCGGCAUCGAGGGUGGUGCCUACCCUGAGGACUACCUGAAUGACCUGCAUCGCAUGUUCGACCAGCUAGGUGCGACUCUCGUGGAUAUGCCGAUACCCUUGCACGAGAUGUCUGCCACUCCCAUUGGUCAACUGUACUGUACUACUGAGCUCAGCGACAGCACGAGCUGCUUGGCUGCCCUGUCCUACGGCUACUCCAUUGUACAGCCAACGUAUGUGUUUGAGUGGUUUGCGGCGGUGGCAAGGAACGCUGCGGCGCCGCUCAGCACGCUGCCGGCCCCCUCGCGCUUCGAGGUGACGGUGCGCUGCCCAACCCACCCCAUCUCCACCACAUACCUCCGCCCCGAGUCGGACACCUGCCCGUUCUCUCUCUUCCCCAUCCCGCUCACGGCUAUGACCAACCGCUCCCGCGCCGCGUUGUUCAACAACCGCGUCUUGUUCUUCUUUACCGACACUGCAGCGACGCGCUACUGGCGCGCGGUCAAAGACUGCGGCGGUGCCGUCUACGGCCCGGGUGAUGUGGAGGCAGCAAAAGAGGCGGUUCAGGCCCUGGUGGUGUCGCAGCGCGAGGCUGGCAUGCCUUCUGAUUGCUUGCCCAGCAAUUUCUACAUCAUCAUUGAUAGCGCGUCGGCGGCGGAGCUACUGAGCUCGGGAAUUGAGGUGGCGUCGCCGGAGUUGCACGCGUUCAUGGAGGAGGUGCGCGCCAUCUCCGGCGCCACUCACCUGCCAGUGAUGGGUGAGCAUUCCCUCUUCGCCGCUCUGCUGGGCAACAAGUUCUGCGAGGAGCCGGUGCCACUGGCGGCCGCACCCCCGACUGCUUCUGGUGUAGGGUAUAACUCAGUGUACUGCGACUUGUCUGAUGCCUUCGCGGUGCCGCCGCCCACCCACCAGUCAGAGGGCGACGAGGAGGGUGUGAGGGCGCCACGGCUGGGGUAUUUUAGCAGCGGUGGCGCACCAUUUCGGGUCCGUUCCAAUUCCCGCGUGAGUGAGAGUCGCGCCAGUUUGCCGCAUUGCCUCACCGCCGUUCCUCAGUCAUGGAACCAGAUGCGCUCCUUCAGCCAUCAGCGUGCUCGCUCCCUCUCCACACGCGCGCCUGGGCAGAGCAACGAUGGCUCCUUCUACGCCGGCAGCAUGACGCCGAGCCGCCUCGGGAGGCGUCGCCUUACGUCUUUUGUUGCCCACGUCGGGCUGCGCAGCUUUGUUGAAGACUUUGAUAUGCUGCGUGUUCGCAUCUACGCCUUCCUCGUGCGCGAGGAGUCGAAGCUGGACAGGGCUAUUACGAUCUAUCACAGAAGCUACUUCAUCGACAAUGACACCAUGAAGUACGCCCUUGAUAUUAAGGCACAGGCGGCCGACUUCAUGGAGCGCGUGGACGACCUACUGGCGGAUAGCGCGUGCCGUGGUGCGUACAAGGAGGCACUGCGCUGCUUCUGGAAGGACUGCAGCGACAUGGACAUAAGGGCGCAACACCUCCUGCACUACUGGGACCGGAGCAUGCCAGCAGCUUUCCUGACUCGUCGCAUCCGCUCUCGCCGGGGAAGUAGCAUAGACAGCCGUCGUGCGGCGUCGUCGCGUAGCAUGGCCUCGCGUGGUGCAGCACCAGCAGCGAACUCUCCUGCACCGGCCGCCCGCGAAGAGGAGCCAGUCACCCUCGAUGCCAACGAAGGCGCCAACGAAGACGCCAACUGCGACGCGGGCGAAAACCAAGUCGCUGAGACGUUUGUAUACACUCAGGACCCAGACAGCAGCGAGGAAGCUCACGGGCACGACGAGCUAUACACAACACCCGAGGCAUUGGAGCAACUCGAUGCGGAGAGUCACAUUCAAGAGCACCAUAUCACAACGGAGGACGUCGCUGCGGGAAUGGACCGCUCUGACACUGUGGCCGCGUCAUCGGCCCCCGCCAUGCGCGCCGCCAGCUCCGCCUACUCACCGCACCGCCGCACCUUCACACCGUCGCUGCGGCACUCCCGCGGGGGCACCAGCGCUUCCGUGCGGCGACCUAUUCCCAUCCAGGAGCGGCCGCCAUGGGUGAGCAACUGGAACGAGCCUCAAAGCGGUCGAAAGAAGAAGAAGCGCCAGAAGAAGUCGAAGCAGCAGCAGCAGCCAGAGCAGCAGCCGGAGCAGCAGCCGGAGCAGCAGCCGGAGUUGGACAAACCCGCAUCUCAGACUCCUGCGCCCACCCCGGCGCCUCGCGCAGUCCCACGCAUACGCCUGUCGGUCGUGCUGCCUGAGUACGCGACUGACUCACCAAAGGUCGUGCGCGCACGCUCAGCGGGAGGUGGCGGCAGCACCCACGCUCGCCGCCUGCCACCUCUGCAGCUGGAGGGGGUGCGAGAUACUGAUGAGGAGCGAGCGCGAGAUACUGAUGGGGAGGGAGCGCGAGAUACUGAUGAGGAGCGAGCGCGAGAUGCUGAUGGGGAGGGAGCGCGAGAUACUGAUGAGGAGCGAGCGCGAGAUGCUGAUGGGGAGGGGGUUAGUGAAACUUCUCUCGAGCUUGAUUUGUCCAAUGCGGUGUCGGAGGCGCUGACCAUAACCGACCAGGCUCCUGUUGAGGCAUUGGAAGCUGAGGAAGCUGAAAAGGAGGAGAACCAGGCGCGGUGCGCACCCGCGCCCGUCCCCGAGCCAACUCCCACGAAGAAGACACGGGCGUCAAAGUCACGACGCGCCGCAGCACCGAUCCGCAAUCAGCGCUCCAACUCUGCGCCAGUCUCAAAGCGCACCAGCUCAGGUGGCGCGUCGCGCCGGCCGAGCGGCAAGCGCGCGGCUGCUACCAAUGGAAACGGCUUCUACAAGCGCGAUGCGCCCGCGGGUGCGGUUUCGAACGGAAAAGGAUCCAGACAGCCACAGCGUCCUUCGCCCAAGCGGAAGUGCUGA